UCUUCUCUGGCCGUCUGUCUUAGAAGAGCUGUGUGGAACCUUUUUAUUUUUUCCAACCCCUGCUAAGAAUCACAAUGAUGAGCUUCUUGCUUGCUGCGGUUUUCCUCAUCUCUACAGACCAUAGAAGUUUUGGGCUCUCUCAUCCCAAACCAGCCUGCCGUUACCCUCCGUCUCAAUGGUGUCGGUCUUUGGAGAUUGCCAUUGAAUGCAAGGUCCAGAAGCAGUGCAUGGAGCUCGGUGCCAUAAAGCCAAACCAGACUGUUCCUCGUGUCGCCCUCACCCUGUACUAUGAGACCCUCUGUCCAGAUUGCAGAUCCUUCAUCACCAAACAGCUGUUCCCCACCUGGACAAUGCUUCAGGACAUCAUGUCCCUAACGUUGGUUCCUUACGGCAAUGCCAAGGAAACACUAUCUGCAAACAGUCCCUUCACUUGUCAACAUGGAGAACCAGAAUGCAGAGGAAAUAUGAUUCAGGCCUGCAUCAUCCAUUUGACUGAAACAUCCCUGGCCUUUCAGAUAAUCCACUGCAUGGAGUCUGCUUCAAAUGUCCUCAAUGCUGCAGAGCCAUGUCUCCAGCUGUAUGCUCCCUCUGUGUCCUGGGCCACGGUUGAUGCAUGUGUGACCGGACGUCUGGGUUACAGGCUGAUGCAUGACUAUGCUGUCAUGACCAGAGCUCUGAAUCCUGCCCAUACUCAUGUUCCUUGGGUCACAUUUAAUGGGGAGUACACCGAAGAGAACGAAGCCAAGGCGGCAUCAUCCCUGUUUCAUUUGGUCUGUGAGCUCUACAAGGGAGUGAAGCCUCCUGCCUGCACCGGAGCCCCAGUCAAACUGAGCAAAAGUGGCUGCUUGAUGGAAUAAAAGAAUUGUCAUUUUUUUUCCUUAAAUGACUAAACAAUAAAAUCACAACCAAAUGCCC